GUGAAAAGUAAUGAUGAUUCUGUAACCAAGCAGGAAGAUUCAGAUCCUGAUGACAAACAGGAAAUAUGUGCUCCUUUGGGUGAGAAGGAAGGACUCUUACCUGAAAUGGAGGAGAGUGACUCUUCCUUACAAACCCUGCAAUCAGAAAUACAUGUUCCUUUGGACUCCCAACCUCAGCAAGAUGACACAGACUUCAACCCCAUUGGGAACAGAAGAAAACUGGGGUCUAGCCGAAGAAAUAAAGGAAGACAGAAGGUUAAGGAGUCUGUUGCAGAAUCAUACCACAUACCUACAGAGGAAGUUGUUGGAAAUACCAGGGAUAAGGAACCCCUUGAAAUAUCCAAACUGGCUUUAACAAUGGAAACAGCAGUGCUGGAAACGAGUUCAUAUUUAAAUUCAGGUUCAAAAGGAGAUCAACAGCUCAUCGACCAAUCAAAAUCCAUGGAGAUGCCAGAAGAACUCCCAAAUGUGGAUUCUGUAACAGAAAAAGAAAACAAGGAAAAAGACAAGGAGACAGAAUUGUUAAGACAAGAUGGAAAUUUACAGAUCACAAAAAACACACAAAACUAUUUGGUGAGUGAGUCACAUUUCAAAUCAGACGAUAUAGUGUACACUGAAAUUGAACACAGCAUUGAGCAAGCAGUAAUUUCCUCAUCAAAUGAGGAACAAAUAGAGCAUGUAGACGUAUGUCACAUCAGAGGAGCUCUGCAUUCAGAAGAUGUUGUAAAUGAAGUGCAUGAAGAGACAGUCACAACAACGCAAAUUCAAGAAAUGCAUCAAAUUGAUUUCUCUUCAGUUAAGGAGAGUGAAUGUUCUUUACAAACCCUGCAAUCAGAAACAAAUGCUCCUUUGGACUGCAAUCCCCUGGACAAUUCUGUGAGAAUGGAAGAAAAAAUCCACACAGGCCUCAACCCUAUUGGGAACAGAAGAAAACUAGGAUCUAGUCGAAGGAAUAAAGGACGACAACAGGUUAAGGAAUCUAUUUCUGAAUCAUACCAUGAACAGAAAGAAGAAGCUAUAGAAGGUAAUGUGGGUGAUGAAACCCUUGAAACAACAAAAAUGUCAUUAGCAGCAUCGACAACUAGGCAUGAAGAGUUAAAAGAGGAAACUGAUCAAGACCUCAAACCGGCUCCAAAAGUAAGAAAAAUUAGAUCUUUGAUUAAUGAAGAGAACACUGAAAAGAUGCCAGAGGAAGCCACAGUUUUGUCACAGAAUGUAAUGGACAACAGUACAAUUGUGACAACAGACAUUACUUCAAGCUCAGGCAAAAAGGGCUCUGUCAAAUCCAAUGAGAGCGUCUAUGAGGAGGAAAAGAAUCUCAUAAAACAGCCUGUGAAUUUAAGUCAGUUUACAGGAUAUCACACAGUUAAAACUGACUUGAUACAAUCACCAGAGGAUGAUUCAGACAUACAGAAUAUCUCAUAUUAUGAUGACAAUGUCACAAGGUCAAUUACUUUGGAUGUUCUUGAGCAAGAAGAUGCCUAUCAUGUCCAAAAGACAGAAGCUUUAUCUUGUGACAAAGACUCACUGGGACAAGAAAGUAAUAUGCAGCAGACACAUGGUACAAUAGGAACUGUGGGAGAUGUCACGAUCAAAGACUAUACAGAAGCGGAGAGUUUAAUAGAUGUGAAACUUUCUGGACAGGAAAUUGGAGAAGAAUUGGAUGAUCCGACAAAGAAAGACCGUGAAGUCCAAGAAAUGAAUGCUUCACAAGAGAUCACUCAUCCUGAACUGUUGUCUGCUGCAUACAACAAAAACACCGUGGCUCCAAUUGACAUUGGUCUCGAGGAAAAUGUCAAAGCAGAUGCAGGAAAAUCCAACCAGAAGAGGAGAAAGAUGGGCUCUACUCGCCGGACUCAACUCCAUAGGACACCAGAGGAAGGAAUGGACAACAAAGAUGAAACAAAAGAAAGCGACUUUAACAUCGAAGCUGAGAUGAAAAUUUUGGACAAAAUGGAAAUUGUGGCGGAGAUACCAAUGAUUGUAACUACAGAGGAAUCACAAAAUGAAAAUGCAAAACCGUCACCGAGUCCUGUGUAUAAAGAACAACAGGAAACUAUUGAACCCGGAGCCGUUCACAACAACCUACGAAGCAGUACCUCUGACCUGCAGAGUAUACAGAGUGAUGUGAUAUCAGACAUAGAUGAAUUUAAGGCUCCCAUUCCUGGGCAGUCAGCCUCCCACAAUGAAGAAGUUGUUAAUCCUGUUGUUCAGGUAUCUGAUAUAAACAAUACAAACACUGGUAUGACGGGGGAGAGCUUUGUGUCUUUAAGUGAAACCACACAGGGUACACAAAAUGAUGAGGAAAGACCAGUAAACACAGUAGAUUUGGAAACAGUGAAAUCUGUAGUCAGAGGAGGAGGUGCAGAGGAGCACAAGAAUGCCCAGGCUAGUAUACAAGAGCCAAACAACGUGAAUGAAGGAGCUCCCAAUAUUAAUCUCGAUAUGAAGAAUGCAAGUCCCAAUUUAAAUUCAAGCAGCAGGAGAAGAAAGAUGGGCUCCACCCGCAAGAAUCUCGGAUCACGAAGCAAAAGGGAAGACUUGAAUCAAAAGCAGGAGUUGGAUAAUGAGGCAUCAGAAACCGCAACAAAUGUUGGAGAUGUAAAGACUGAAAAUUUCCCAGGCAUCAAACAAGAGCUACAACUUCACAUAGAAGACAAAGACAGUGAUUCAGAACAAAGGAAAGAAAAAGUAUUCGAAACAGUGGAGUACAGCCAGACCGCUGAGUCUCACUUCAAACCCCCAUCUCACCAGACAUUUGAGGAAAAUCCUGUUUCUCAUGACCAACUAGUAGAAACAGAGCAUCAGCUAACUCCCAAUUAUCCCCCUAUAAUGCCAUCCACUUCUCCUAAACAUGACAUAAUGUCAGAAUUAGCAUCUGGUGGCAGAAGAAGAAAAAUGGGAUCUCACCGGAAGUCACGUGGACACCAAAACAAUGAAAACCAAACUGGAAGAGGGGACAGAUUACCAGAUACACAAAAUGGAAGAGAUGAAAGUGUCAUCAAGACAACUGAAGAAGAAUCUUUUGGCCUGGACAAAAUAACAGAGGUUGAUGAAAGUGACAAGAAAGCAUCAUCUAACAUCACCUCAAUGGCAGGAGAGCAUUCAAGGCCUGUGAGUGAGAAGACUCCUGAACGAGUGAAUCCGGUUCGACAUCCUAACACUGGAAUCCGCCUGAGUCAAGAGAGUCAAAAGACAGUUUCUCUGGCAGAUACUUCCAGAGGAGCAGAUCUCAGAUCAAACAAGUACAACGUGGUGAUGAUUGGAGACAGCAGUGUGGGCAAAACCUCUUUCAUGAAAAGAGCUCAAAGUGGGAAGUUUUCUUUAGAUUUACCUGCAUCUGUUGGACUUGAUUCCUGCGUGUGGACUGUGCUAGUGGAUGGAAAACCUGUGGUGCUACAGUUGUGGGAUACAGCAGGUCAAGAAAGGUUUCACAGCCUCACAAGACAGAUUUUACAUAAAGCCCAGGCAUUUCUCUUGAUGUAUGACAUCACUUCCUCUCAGAGUUUCUCUGCAGUCAGCUACUGGGCAACAUGUAUUCAGGAAGGGGCUGCAGAAAACACGACCAUUUUACUUCUUGGGAACAAGAGUGAUCACGCAGAACGCCGAGUUCAAACUAAGGAAGCAGAAAUUCUUGCUAAGGAGUACAACUUUGAAUUCAUGGAGUGCAGCGCUGCCACAGGUGAAAAUGUGGUUCAGUCUUUGGAAACCGUGGCCAGGAUGUUGAGUCAAAAUGCUGACACAAGAGAAGAAACCACGGUGUUACACAGAGAGCCCAAACAGAAAAAAAAAUCAGGAUGUUGCUGAAAAGAUGUGGGUCAAAAGCCUCUGUGGCUGCACAUGGAAAGUUUUUUAUGUACAUUAUAACUACAUCUGAUACUGAUCUUUGGUUCUUGUAAUCAGUUUGAUUGUAAAAGGUCUUCAUUUACACAGAUGUAUAUGUUAAUUUCCUUUGCACAAUUACCUUUAGCUGUUAUUUCUAACAAGUAAAUGAUUGAUCUUGGGGACAAUAUACAGUAGAGAACAGUUAAAGAGUAAGUCCUGUAGUUGCAUAAAAUAUACUUGUUAAAAUGGAGCAUUUUAGUGGAAGAGGAAGCCCCAGAGGGGAUUCUGAUGUAUAUUUACUGCAUACCUUCAUGUUUAUAUAAUACUGUAAAGCUGGUGCAGGCUUUCUGUGGUGGCGGGUCAGUUGUUAGCGAUCAAAGAAAUAGUUAUACAUGACUAAUCUUUUGCAUUUUGCACUGUUUGUUUUAACGUAACAGAUUGAUUUUCCUUCUGUAAUAUAAAAGCCUUACUAUUCUUGUGCAAUUUCAAAUGAUCACAUCAAGUCAAUAUUUGUAGAGUACACACUGUAAUAAUUAAUCUGAGAUACCAAUGUUUUAGUACUUAAGCACUUUCAGUUCAGAACCGUUUCUCAGGUCCUUAGUUAAAAAAAAAAAAAACAUAAUAACUAUAUUGUAAAAUAUUGAGUAUUUGUUCGACUGUUUCUAAUUUCACUUUUAUUAUAUAAAUAUAUAUUAAAAGUAGUAUGCAUAUAUCUUUAAACUUAUGAAUCUAUAACUAUGGACAGGCAAGUAACCUUUUGGAAGCUACAAAACAUGGUACCAAACUGUGGUAACUCUACUAAAUUAUGAGUAUAUUUAUAUCAUAAAUAUUCCUAUAUUUCUAAUGUGAAAUGUAUUAUGAGCAUGUACUAUGAACAUGAUCAUGUUUUAAUCUUUGUAGCUGUUUAGCACACAGUUAUUCAAUAAUUACAUAAAGUGUAUUGUGAUUUUCUAUGUUCAACAUCUGUUUUAAAUGAACUGUGUUGGCACUCGUCCUACUUUCAGUGUGUCACACUGCUGCCAGGAAGGUCAGAUCAUCAUAAAUACAUUUCCUGCCUCUAUAAAUAAAGACAGUGAUGGUGACAGACUAAACAGGCUUUAUAUAAACUGUACAUAUAAAAUUAUCUGUGCAUGUCCCUAUAACUUGUGUCGCUAAAUACCAAACUGUUCUGUUAUGUCUCAGCGUAAUAAACCUCCAGAACAACAACUGCAUGCUCUCCAAG